AGGUUAAUCUUUGCACAGAAUCCUUACAAAGGACUUAGAGGGGUUGCCUUUUCGUGCCUCCCGGCCAGUGGUCGUCGCCGAGUCCUCGAAUUCAGUGCCGGGCCUCCCCCGUUUUUUUCCCUAACUUAAGAUGGCCGCAGGUGGGCCCGGAAUAGUCCUCAUGGCAAGCGCCUGAUGGGGUUUUUGCAAUGGAAAAUCGCGGAGACUGCGCCUGAGAAACUAUGCGAUUCUUAGGGCCUCAGUGUCGGGCCGUUGUUGCCUGCGGCUGAUGACAAAUAGAAUUAGGGUUAUAGUUGUUCCUGGGCCUGUGUUCACAAACUUAGCAUCUUCAGAGGUUAAUCUAACCGAGCCCAUCCAUGUUGUUAAAGAUUCAUGUCUGUUCAUCCUUUUGGCAUCGGAUUAAAAUUUCCUCCUAGAAGGUCACACUGCCCUGAACCUUUCAGAAAAAACAGUAAUCUGUGCAGGAUUAUUCCUGCUGUAUACUUCUAGAAGUCCAGAUUUGGGAUGGCAUUCACUGUUCUCAGACACUUCCCAGGUAGUGUACUUUGAAGUAAGCUUUCCCUUGUACGGUAGUAUCAGCUCACAAAAUUGCAACGCACCUCUUGCUUUUUCUUCCAAAGUAUGUUAUGUUAAGUUUCGUGAUCCAUCAAGUGUUGGUGUGGCCCAGCAUCUAACUAACACGGUUUUUAUUGACAGAGCUCUGAUAGUUGUUCCUUGUGCAGAAGAUGACUAGACUGGCCAAGGCAGACCUGUUACACUUGCCUGAGUUAGGCAUUGUUUGCCAUGCCACUAAACCUGCCGUCAAGUGAAACCUUCAUUGGGGAAAUGAGAUCGGAGUCUGAACCGCAGAAGAUGGACGCCCUGUCUCUGUUUUUUAUUGUUUUACUUUAAUUUCAUUUCUUUUUCUUUAUUUUGUCCCUUUUUUUUUGUUUUGUUUUGUUUUGUUUUGUUAAAUCUCUUUCACUUUAACUUGUGAGCUGGUUUUCCAGUUCUUUGUAAAUGGUAUUCCAUUAAGAGUUCAUAACAUUGCAUUGCAAAUUAUAUUGGGAGAUGAUUAGUAGAACUCAUCCUCAACAUAAAAUAAGUUUUCACAGUAAAUUAGUAUACAGUUUCAUGAAGCUCAGUGCUAGUUUCAGUUGGUGUUUAUAAACUGAUUGGGUACAUUUUGUUCCCGAAACACUAAAACAGUGGUGAGAUUCUUAUUUAGGAGCACAUUUUUGAUCUCAGUGUAACAUUUUUUGCAGUUUUCUGACAAGUCUGCAACUCUCAUAAAGACCAACUAAUAACUUUGAAUUUUCAUCCUUCUCCCUUAGAAUUUUAGGCAUACACAAUCAUCAAGGAAAAUAAGUAAAUUUCUUAUAACAUUCUGAGGGUAGAGAACAAGAAGAGACUUUUCACUUUUAUGAUAGUUAUUUAUUGUAGAAAAUAGCAUUGAUUUAAAAACAAAACACUUUUAGUUGCCUAUGUGGGGAAUGAAUACUUGAGAAACUGUUGAAUAUUUACUUGCGUGUGUAUUUCUUUGCUUGAAUUUUUGGUUGAAAAAUGUUCAGAGAUUACUUGUUUCUAAAUAGAUUCUGAGAUUAGGAUGCAUGAGAGACACUCACUGUUUUCCUCUCAGUUGUCUUUGAUGAGUACAGUUCGGGAAAAAUGCUAAGUACUUAAUUUGCUUUAUGCUUUUAUACAUUCUGAUAAUAUUUGGAGGAUAAAUUUGGUAGAAUUUUAUCUUGGAAAUUAAGCAGUGGGACUUUUAGAUUAUCUUUAAUGGUAAUAAGAAUAAUAAAUAUUGUGCUUUUAGUUAGACUUAAUACUUAUAAUAGUUCAUUAUGUUGUGAGAGGCAGUGAGAGUCAGAUAUCCUACUGACAACUAUUUUUAAGCCAAAAGCGAAUGACUUUAAAUAAUCAACUUUUGGCCUAGGUUAAAUACCCUUUUUGUUGGUAUAGUCUUCCUGCACUGUUUUGUUUGUAUAGUUUUGCUUAUUUAAUCAACAGGUAAUCUUAAAUUGAGACAUUACUAAAUUGGAAUUUUUUUAGGUGCAUGAAUUAGGGUAGUAGAGCAUAGGAUUUGUACCUUAGGACCUCAGUUGAUUUAUCAAGAUGUGUUCAGGUUUUACAAAUAUUUAAAAAAGAAAGAAUACUUAUUUUCACAAGAUACAAGAGGUUGGAUACCAAUGUAAAUAGUAUAGUAUAUAUGUGAAUAUACAGAUACAUGUCUUAAUGCUAGUAACUAAUAAAUACAAAAUAAAUUAUUAUUUGAUGUCUUCAAGUAAGAUCCUCCCACCUUUUAAUCUUUAUGCAUGUUAAAAUCUGUGCUUAUGCAGAAUUUACUGAAAUAAUAAAAUGACUUUGUUUUUGAAAUUAGUAAAUUAAGGUUAUAUAGACUUAGAAUACAUAGACAUUUGCUAAAGCUAAGAAAGUGUAAUUUUUCUAUUCCUGUGAAUAAGGUAUAACCACUAUUUAAAGCAAAUUUUAAAAUUCACCUUGAAUUCCAUCCACAUUUAGAAGUGCAUUCAAUAAGUUUUUUUAGAGAUUUAUCCCUGCACAUCUGGUUGUAUUAAGUAGAAUUUUACCACUGAAACCCAGCAUUGUGCUUUCUUGAAAAUUUACUCCAUAUGCUAGUUGCAAUUUGAUGUGACUUUGUACAGUGUUUUAAAUUACUUUGAAGAAUUCAUAAUAGAAAUAUUUGGUCAAAUAACACAUAAUUAUAUAUGAGUAGUUCUUCUGAAAUUGCUACGUAGAGUCAAUUUUUCUUAGAAAUUUUCUUUUUCAAAGAGUUAAGAAAAAGCGGAAAAAAAUGUGUGAAAGUCAUAGUCUUUAUCAAAACUGGUUGAUUAGAAUUCAGUAAUUAAAUGUGGCAAAUUGAUGGACUUAAUUCAGAGUAAAUUUUCAUUUUUUUACUUGUAGGGAUUUCUUCGUAGUGUCUAGGAUUAUUUUAAUGUUACUGUUAUUAUUAUUAGGCACUUAAGCUGCUUAUUAUAAGGAAGGCAUUUAGGCAUUAACCACCCCUCUUCAGAUAAGUAUACAUAAAUUGGUUGUAAAAGUCAGUAAUUUAAGAAGUUUCCUGAGACUCAGGAAAGUUUUUUUAGUUAUUUUCAAAAAUGAUAGUUUCCCAAGACAAAUAUAUUCUUUGGAACUGGAUUCUUUUGGUCAUCUCUGACAUUGUUGGUGAGAUGCCUUGUUAACUGAAUGGGUGUAGGCUUCCUUUUCAAUUGAAGCUGGUUACGUGCAGUAGCUUUUGUUCUUUUCUGUCUACUUGAAAUUAAAUGGAAUCUAUUGGAAGAUUAUCAAAAUUGUUUGCAUCACAAGUAGGUAGUUUAAAUUAACAGGAUAGGGACACUCGGGAAUAAAUUUCAAUUCGCACAUAUUUGUUUUUUUCUUUUUCUUUUUUUUGACUAAUUUGGUUAUUUGCCAUUUCUGGGGAUUAAACUUUAAAAAAUGUUCUUCUUUUCUGUAUCUGAUGUUCUGUGUGCUAUUAGUGAUGCAGCCAACACGAACGGUUGUCAUGUGUAACACAACUUUCGAUCACCGCGAAAACACCGUCCUGGAAAAGCGUCCAUGCUUGAUAUCGUUUGGUUCAUGAACAUUAAGUUUCCAGUACAGGUAAAAUCCCAGAGGAAGCCAAAGCCCUCUCUUUAUUGGCUCCUGCUCCAACCAUGACAAGUCUGAUGCCCGGUGCAGGCUUGCUUCCCAUACCGACUCCAAAUCCCUUAACUACACUGGGCGUUUCCCUUAGCAGUUUGGGAGCUAUACCAGCAGCAGCCCUAGACCCCAACAUUGCAACCCUUGGAGAGAUACCACAGCCACCACUGAUGGGGAAUGUGGAUCCUUCUAAAAUUGAUGAAAUUAGGAGAACAGUCUAUGUUGGCAAUUUGAAUUCCCAGACAACCACAGCUGAUCAGCUACUUGAAUUUUUUAAACAAGUUGGAGAAGUGAAGUUUGUUCGGAUGGCAGGUGAUGAGACUCAGCCAACUCGGUUUGCUUUUGUGGAAUUUGCAGACCAAAAUUCUGUACCAAGGGCCCUUGCUUUUAAUGGAGUUAUGUUUGGAGACAGGCCACUGAAAAUAAAUCACUCCAACAAUGCAAUAGUAAAACCCCCUGAGAUGACACCUCAGGCUGCAGCUAAGGAGUUAGAAGAAGUAAUGAAGCGAGUACGAGAGGCUCAGUCCUUUAUCUCAGCAGCUAUCGAACCAGAGUCUGGAAAGAGCAAUGAAAGAAAAGGCGGUCGAUCUCGUUCCCACACUCGUUCAAAAUCCAGGUCUAGCUCAAAAUCCCGUUCUCGAAGGAAAAGGUCACAGUCAAAACACAGGAGUAGAUCCCACAAUAGAUCACGUUCAAGACAAAAAGAUAGACGUAGAUCUAAGAGUCCUCAUAAAAAACGCUCUAAAUCAAGGGAGAGGCGAAAGUCAAGGAGUCGCUCACGUUCACGGGACAAAAGAAAAGAUACCCGAGAAAAAAUCAAGGAAAAGGAAAGAGUGAAAGAAAAAGACAGAGAAAAGGAAAGGGAAAAAGAAAGAGACAGGGAAAAGGAACGUGAAAAAGAAAAGGAACGGGGUAAAAACAAAGAUAAAGACCGAGAUAAAGAACGGGAAAAGGACCGAGAUAAAGACAAGGACAAAGAGAGAGAGCGGGACAAAGACCAUGAAAAGGAACGAGACAAAGAAAAGGAGAAGGAACAAGACAAAGAAAAGGAACGAGAAAAGGACAGAUCCAAAGAGAUAGAUGAGAAAAGAAAGAAGGAUAAAAAGUCCAGAACACCACCCAGAAGUUACAAUGCAUCAAGAAGAUCUCGUAGUUCCAGCAGGGAAAGGCGUAGGAGGAGGAGCAGGAGUUCUUCCAGGUCACCAAGAACAUCAAAAACCAUAAAAAGGAAAUCUUCUAGGUCUCCAUCCCCCAGGAGCAGAAAUAAGAAGGAUAAAAAGAGAGAAAAAGAAAAGGACCACAUCAGUGAAAGAAGAGAGAGAGAGCGUUCAGCUUCUACAAGAAAGAGCUCUAAUGAUAGAGAAGGGAAGGACAAGGUGGAGAAGAACAAUACUUCACUUAAAGAGAAGGAGCACAAUAAAGAACCAGAUUCAAGCGUGGGCAAAGAAGCAGAUGACAAGGAUGCGCCACGGACUGAGGAAAACAAAGUACAGCAAAAUGGGAACUGUCAGCCCAACGAAGAAAACCUCUCUGCCAAAACGGAAGCAGUAUAGGACCAACAGACGCACCUACACACACGCUGGAAUAGAAUCCAAAGCUUUUAAUUCUCUCAGCAAGAUGUUAAAAGUGAAGAAAUCCAGUAGAGCAUAAAGAUACGAGCUAACGGCUUUUCUAGUUGUUAGGAGACUUUGUGGCCAUCUUGUUACUGAGUAAGAAAACAAGCAUGGACAUCAUGACAAUAACAGGUGUGACCCAAACUCCUCAUCCUCUAAGUCUGUGCGUUUCCAUGGCGGCUGACACUGUUGUCACGUGGUUUGUUAGUGUUUGCCAAGAACCAUUACAAAUAAAUGGGACGUUAAAGAUCUAAAUUUGUUAUACUGUCUAUAAAGACUGGAGAUAAGCUUUGGAGGCUCUUUUAAGAAAUGCUAGAAACUGAUUUUGUAUUAUUUUACUUUUUUUUAAAAUUUCAAUAUAUACAGAUUGAUGAUGUGCUUGAAAUCGGUGCAAAUAUGUACACACCCUUGUAAGUGCAGAGUUUGUAAGACGUUUUAACAUUACUUCACAGGAUUUAUAGUGAUUGUGUUAAAUUCUCACUGUUGUGUUUUCUUUUGCUCACAGUUUAGGACAGUGGUUUUUCUUUAAAAUAGUUUUACAGAUUAAAGUUGCUUAAAUAAGUGGAUUACAAACCAACUGACAAUGCAUGCUACUGCUCUCUUUCAAGAGGAAGAACAAAUGUGCUGAAUACUAAUGACGUAUUAGUGUUCAGUGUUUAGAAUCAUUGGGUCUCCCCACAUAGUAAGCAUUUCUUUUUGAACUUUCUUGACAUUUCCGAGCUUAUUAUGAACAAUAUUGCAGUGUGUGUUGUCAGCUGUGGGUGGUAAAGGUGCCAUUUAUAAAAAGAAAGCUGGGUUUUCAAAAUGGGCUAUGGGAGCACAAGCUGAAGCUUUAGUGCCUUCUACAUCGUGGUAUACUGUUUUCUAGAAUUUUAUAUGAGCUAGUCAUUCUCAAUCCAUAUGGAAUUUAGAUGGGUAUUUCAUUCCCUCCCAUAGAAAAGUGUGAAAGUGAUAUGUCAGAAGAGUUCUUACUUACCUAAUAUGAGAGGGAAGUCUGUUUUAAGAAUGACUUCAGCGCUUGAAACAACAGUGCAAUUGUGGGACCAUCAGUUUUAUACUGUGAUACCUGAAAACGAAGCAGCAUGAUCUCACUUGACUUAAAGCAAGACCCUUUAGUUGUCUCCAGUGGAUGGCCUUAAUUAUUACCUCUCAAUCAUCUUCUCAUAAAUGAUGUGCUGAAAUUGUGCUUAAAGGAGAGUACAUGAGGUUAUUUGUUUUAUGUGUGAAGUAUGUUUACUUGAGCUUAAAAUAUAGGUCAUCCUGCAUUGUUAGGCACACUUUUUGCAGAAAGUAUGCAAGUAGUAAAAUGACAACAUUGCUAAUGCUUCCCCCAAACCACAGCUUAUAGUUUCAGAACUCUUUUCAUGGUUACAUUUCCAAAAGUUAUACCUUUUAAUUAGCAUGUUAUUAAAAAAAAUCAAGUAUAAUUAUUUUAAUGCAAUCUAAUACAAUCAAAUUACUCAGUUGCCUUACCUCAUGGGGAAGAGUUACUUAUAAAUUUAAAGAGCUGAGUAACACAUCAGUUACUUGGUUUCAACUUGAGUUUUCUUUUAAUGUUAAUACUAUUGAAACUUAAGUAUUUGGUGGAGAAUGGAAGGAAUUGCCCUUAUUGCAAGUAAUGAAGCCCGGUUUGAUUAUGAAGCUGCUUAACUACUCUUCAUGUGUUCACAAUUACUGUUUUUUUUUUUUUUUUUCCUCUUUGUCACUAUGUACAUUAAAAUUUUUGAAAAUGCUUUACUAUGUAAAGUAUAGAUGGUCAUUUUAAUCAUUCAACCACGUACGGUUGGCUGGUAAACAGCUUAUUUUGAUACAGGAAUGCUUGGGUGCAUAUGGAAAGAUUGUGAAGGAGUGUGUGUCUUGCAUUAAAGCUUCUUAUUUAUGAUAUGUAAGUAGAAUAGAACAAAUGUUGUUUGAAUCUUUGUUAUUUUUAGUACCAUUUCUCUAAUAAAGCUAAGUAUUUUAGAGGAAAA